GUGCCAGUUCACAGCAGCGGUUUCAGUCUCAACUACUCUCUCUCUCUCUCUCUCUUUUUUUUUUUUUUUUUUUUUAAAAAGGACAGGCGAGGAACCUGUGGAUCACAGAGUCCAGUGAGUGACUGUCUGGAGGAAGGAACGAGAUAGUAAAAAGUGAAAGAGAAAGUGAAAGAGAAAGCCAUGGCAGACACACAGCUGACCUCAGAUCAGACAAAAUGCAUUCUGUGCGAGGGGACUCAGAAGGCGGAGGAGGACAAAGACUGUCCUCAGUGCAGCAAGAAGAGCGGGAGUGGUGGGAAAACCGGUCCAGUCGUGCCUCAGGGGAAGCCUCAGGUGAACGGGCAGCCAGGUAAAGAAAACGGCUCAGACACUAAGAGUAAAGAGGGAGCGGAAACCCGAGAUCCCAACAAGACGGCGUCGGAGUCCAAGAGGGCAGCUGCCGCCACUGAAGAAGCUAAGAUCCAGGAGGACCUGAAGCAGUUAGAGGAUCCAAAGAAGCCACUGGAGGACUCGAGUGGGCAGCAGACGCAGGUGGAUGCAGAGGAGGUGAAAAGGGAGGUGAAGGAGAAUGGUGAAGGCGCAGCAGCAGCAGAGGAGAAGAAGGUGGAGGAGGAGGUGCUGGAGCCGGAUUAUGUGGUGUGCGACUCGUGCAUCGAUAGCCCGCGUCGUGCCACCCGCUCCUGCCUCACCUGCCUGGUGUCGUACUGCGAGGACCACCUGCGGCCGCACGUGGAGAACGCCAAGUUCCAGAACCACCGGCUGGUGGAGCCGCUGCAGGACAUCGAGCGGCGGACGUGCGAGAGCCACAAGUGGCCGCUGGAGCUGUACUGCAUCGCCGAUGCCUGCUGUGUGUGCCAGGACUGUGCCGCGGAGGACCACCAUGGACACAACACCAUGCGCAUCGAAGAGGCGCGCAAGAAGAUAGAGAAAGAGUUGAACGAUAAGCAAAAAGAGAUGGUGAAGACGUUCAGUGCUGCAGAGAAUGCCAUCAACAAGCUUCAGGUCAACACCGUCUCCAUCGAGACAUCGGUGAAGGACGUCCGCAGUGUGAUCGAGGAGCAGUUCUCAGUGCUGCAGGCCGCAGUGGAGCGUGCACAGCGGGAGGUGACGGAGAUGGUGGAGGGUGAGGAGCGCCAAGCUCUACGGCAGGUGGAGGGCAUCCGUGUGCACCUGGAGCAGCGCUGUACUGACCUCAAGAAGACCCAGACACAGGUGGAUAAGAUCUCCCGCAACAAGAACGAUGUGGACUUUCUACAGGAGUACUCAGAAUGGAAAAAAGACGCUCCAGACAUCUCCCUGCCCGGGGUCUCCAUCGGUCUGAUGGAUCGCCUCAACGCCUUCAGCCGUGUCAUUGUGAGCUCAACCCAGGAGCUGUGUGACAAGCUCCUCUCCACCUACCUCGAAACGCUCAAGGAAACCUGCAAGAAUGAUAAGCUCAGCAUUAAAACCACAGUACAGACCAUUGUUGCAGCUAAACAAAAUGUGUCCAUUCCUGACCCAAAGACUAGAGAAGAUUUCAUGAAGUACUCCAGUCCUCUGAAUCUUGAUGGCAACACAGUCCACAAGUUCCUCCGUCUUACGGAGGAGAACCACAAGGUGACCAACACCACCCCCUGGCAGCACAGCUACCCGGAUGUCCCGGAGCGCUUCGAGCACUGGCGACAGGUCCUGACCACCGAGAGCUUCUACAUGGACCGCCACUACUUCGAAGUGGACAUCAGCGGUGAGGGAACACACGUGGGACUGACCUACAAGAGCAUCGAGCGCAAGGGCAAGGAGAGCAACUGCUGCAUCACGAGCAACAACUUCUCCUGGUGCCUCCAGUGGAAUGGACGCAGCUUCUCGGCCUGGCACAGCGACGUGGAGACCCCGCUGAGCGUCCCGAAGGCCACGCGGAUCGGUGUCUACGUGGACUAUCACCGCGGCCAUCUGGCGUUCUACGGUGUGGACGACGGCAUGUCCCUGAUCCACGAGUACCAGGCGGAAUUCCUGGAGCCACUCUACCCAGCUUUCUGGCUGUCCAAGAAGGAGAAUGUGGUGUUGCUGAUACCACCAGGGGGCGCCCUGCCAGUCAAGAGCCCCUCUCCGCCUUCGUCUCCACCUACUCUUCACGCGGCACCACCCUUGGCACCAUCCUCUGUGCAAAAAUAGGACUUCCUGACCAUAUUAACUGUGGUAUUAAGACUAUUAUCCUCAAUGGUAGCCAUGUUUCAUGGUCAAUUCUUAUUCACUCAAACUGUCAUUUCCGGAACAAGAAUCAUAGUAGGGCUCAGCUGGGACCUCAUGAACUGUUUUACUGGUUGAUAAAGGACUGGUCCACAGACCAUUCCUCAGUGAUAGCCAUGUUUCACAGUGGUAGCCAUGUUUCAUGAUUCUUAUCUGAUCAAAGUGGACAUUCUAGAACAAGAAGCCUUGGGCCAUAAGAUUGAACAUUUUCUCAAGAGCCCCUCUUCACCUUCAUCUUUGCCCACUCUUACUAUGUCUCCGCCCUGCUGGCCACAGUAGGACUCACUGCAGGGCUGGGGGCACUCAGUGGUGAAAAUGUAAACCUGUUACAUAUUAACACCCCCCCCCCUCCUCCUCCCACACACACACACACCUUGACUAGGUCAUUAUAGCAUAGCAUUGUGAAACAUCUGAAGAAAAAGUCUAUUUUUGUAUAUGUUGGGUGUGUCAUUAAUGGUUUAGGAUCAUUUCCUGUUUCCUAUUUUCUUUUUUCAGUUUUGUGCAAUGUCUGAACCACUGACCAUAUUUAUUUGUAAGCUGCAUGGAAAGUUGUCUUUUUGUAUACGCACAGAGAUGCACAGAGGGAUUGUUUUACUUUUUUUUGUCUUUUUGCAACAAUAAAAUGAAUUUGCCAUAACAACAGA